AUGGAUCACAAAGAGGAACCCCUGGAAGGAGCCAUGGGUGUGAAACAGGAAGAGCUGCCCCAGAUGGACGGUUCAUGUGAUGCGUGCGAGCCCGACGAGGCCCAGCCGGCGACACAAGUGUGCCACAUCUGCAGCUUUGCCUUCUGUCCCGUCCAUGCCGACGUGCACUCCAGCAGGACGAGUCACACACUAAUGCCUUAUAACUUCAGAGAAGCGUGUGCCAAUGAAGGAGCCUCCAGUGUCGGUGGCAGAGAUGAGGAGGAGCCUGGACAAAGGAGGGCAGUGGAAAUGGGUGAUAAUCAGGGGAUGGCAGCACCGGCUAGUGGCUGUGAUAGUGGGCCCAUGGAGCAAAGAGAUGGAGCCCAGAAUGGUUCACCUCAGGAAGCUGAAGGGGCUGAAGGUGCAGAAGCAGGACCCGAGGCCAUGGCUGCGGGAGAGGCUGGGAAAAGAGAUACUGUGACAGUAGAAAGGCUGCGUUGCAAGGUGCAUGGACAGGAAGGUUCUCUCUAUUGUAAACCUGAUGAGAAGAUAAUCUGUGUGGUUUGCGCUGUGCAAGGUGAGCACAAGGAGCAUGAGAUCAUUACUCUGCACGAGGCCUAUGUGUGGCAGAAGGGCCGGCAGACUUAUGACCUGCUGGGCUUCACACAGGAGAUAGUUGAAAGGAUCAAGACCAAAUGGACAAAUCCUGAGAUGUCUACAGAGGAACUAGAACAAUACGUGAACAACCAGUUUGAGGAACUCCGCAAACUGGUGCGUCUGGAAGAGAAGAGGACCCUGCACCUGGUGGACCUCAAGGAAGCGUUCCUCACAGCUUCGGCCGCUGAGAAAAUAGCCGAGAUCACGGUCGAGACGGAGAAGCUGCAGGAAGAAAUGGACAGUAUAACACAUCAGCUGUGCCUGCUGGAGACGGCUGAGGCACAGGCAGUGGGUCCGGAGGAGGUAGCAGAAGUCCUCGCAGCGGUGCCCGCACCCGUCCACAGAGCCCUGCACAACGUCGAAGCCAGGCCAAGGUGCCAGUCACAUCAGUGCAGCAGAGGUGACAAUCUCCCUCAUCCCGAUGAAAGCUCCGCAAAAUAG